GGGCUUUUUUUUAAUUUUAAUCUUUAAUUUGUCCCUAUUAAGUUAUUAACUGACAGUCCUUAAGUUAUUUCUGUGUCACCAUUUAUCUACAACUCCUAUUUUUCGGAACAGGACUAGUGUUGAAAUUACUGAUACAAUUGUUAGGUUCUGUUAAAGAUGGCCACAAAUCCCACAGUCGAUACUCCGUAAAAUUGGAAGCAGAUAAAUUAAUUAAGCUAUUCUCUUUCAACUAUUUAAAUGUGAUUUGUUAGAUUUUUAGACGUAAGUUUACUUUAAUCAGCCAAUAGCGUCGACGCAGAGAAACAUUGACCAAUCAGAGCAGAGAGAGUGACGUAGUCGGUCGACGAGUUGGAGGGAAAGGAUAUAUGGUACAGAGAGGACAAAAGAGAGAUCGGUGUGAGGAAAAGUCAAUAAUUAUAUGUAAAAGUGCAUAAAUACCCAUGUAUUAUCAUUGAUUAUUCUUAUGUAUUAUAAAUACAAUAGAUUAUAUGCGAUAAUUCUGGUGAAAAAGGCAGUUGUGUUUUUAUUCCCGCUGACUCGGCUUGUACAAUUAUUUAAAAAAUUUUCUUCUUAAAAUUUCAUUUUGAAUUUUUUUUAGUUUACAGUAGCAAAGUGUUUAUACAACUGUAGUUUUCUGAUGUUCCUUUCUGAUGGUGACUCGUUUGUUGUUCACUUUCUUAUUUAACUACUUACUUACCUACUCUCAUUGUUCGAAUAUUUAUCCACGUGUAGCUUCAAUUCGUUCAACAUACCUACUUAAGUUAAUGGCGAUUUAUUUCUCAUGUUUACCACAUUAUGUGUUGUCUACAUGAUAGCCCAGUGGAUAUGAACUCUGCCUCCGAUUCCGGAGGGUGUGGGUUCGAAUCCGGUCCGGGGCAAGCACCUCCAAUUUUUCAGUUAUGUGCAUUUUAGGAAAUUAAAUAUCACGUGUCUCAAUCGGUGAAGAAAAACAUCGUGAGGAAACCUGCAUGCCAUUAUCUACAUAUUGCGUAUUGCAAUUAUCUUAAUUCUCAGCGAAUGUGAAGUCUGCCAAUCCGCAUUGGGCCAGCGUAGUGGACUAUUGGCCUUACCCCUCUCAUUCUGAGAGGAGACGUGGUUGAGGUUAAUUGGUCCAGGUCUGGCUAGUUACCACCCUACCGGCAAAGACGUACCGUCAAGCGAUUUAGCAUUCUGGUACGAUUUCGUGUAGAAACCGGUGUGGAUUUCAUCCUACGCCUAACAAUUUAGCCCGCUUUCAUCUUAGCAUCAUUACUUACCAUCAGGUGAGAUUGUAGUCAAGGGAUAACCUGUAAAAAAAAUGUUGUGGUGCACAUGCUUCUUGGAGUAGGUACCAUUCCGGAGACUGUUCACACCUUCAAGGCAAGAAUUGAAUACUGAAUAGCAUAGCAGCAAUAGGGCGAAGUGACACCACUUGACACCAGAUACUGAGAUGGGCAAUUGUCAAUACUUAGAAAAGAAAUAAUGAAAAAACAUUUAUUUCAAAAAUUGUGCCACUUUUAACCCCUUAACACUAUUGUAGCAAACCACUUAGUCUAAGCAUCAGAACACCACUAUGUCAUGCUUGGCACAACCCUGAAAAAGGAUCCAGCUCAGCAUUGUGCUGCAUGUACCAAGGUAAUAUUGGACCAUACAGCGCUGAUUUUCAGCUGACAACCUUGAACCAGGUGAUACCAAUAACUAAUCCUACUAAUAUUAUAAACGCGAAAGUUUGUAUGGAUGUAUGUUUGGAUGUUUGUUACUCUUUAACGCUGAUGAUUUUGAUGAUAUGAAUGUUUGUUACUUUCACGCUUCGACUACUGAACCGAGUUAGCUGAAAUUUGGUAUUAAGUUAUAACUAUAGCCUGGAUUAACAUUUUUAUCCCGGAAAAAUCCAUGGUUCCCGGAGGAUUUGUAAAAAACAAAAUUCCACGCGGACGAAGUCGCGGGCGUCCGCUAGUAGUCAAUAUUAAAGAAGAAAGAAAGAAAGAAAAAAUCUUUAUUACAGCAUUAUGCCACACAACACAAUAUGCACAUAAUAUCAUAUAAUGCUAACAAAUAAUAUUGUCAUAUUAAAUAAUAUGACAGGACAAUAUUCUGCGAUGUGUGGCAUAACCCAAUAAAGGGCCCCAACUCAGCAUAUGCUACAUACUCUUUAAAUAAAAAGAGCAUGCAGCGCUGGUUUUCAGUUGGAACCGUUAACCAGAUGCCGCCACAAACACAGCACACAACAACCUUAUUAACCAAAAUAAACAAUACAAGUAAAACUUAAAAUAAUACAUUAUAACUAACUAAAAAUAAAAAGGGAAAAACAAUAAAACAGCAUUCUAAAAUUAACAACGUGUGAAUUAAAAAACUAAAAACAAAAUUACAUAGUUAUAUCAUAUAUUAUAGUAUUUACAAAUAUUUAUUAUAUAUUUUUACCUAUAUGAAAGAAAACUCCGCCACAUGGUGUUGGAAUUCAAUCUGCUUUUCAAGUAAAAAUUUCUUUAAAAGUUUUUUAAAUGCGUAUUUAGGAUAGGAUACGUAGGAUAUUCAUUUAUUUCAAUUAGGCUUAGUUUACAAGCACAUUAGAAACGUCGUUUAAUAAUAUUAUAAGAUAAAUGGUGACAAUAAUUAAUCGAAAACUUAAAAUUAAAGUUACGAGCGUAGCUAUAAAGCCAGAAAUGCGAACCCGGAAUCAAACCUUAAACCGCUGAAUGCAAAACACAUUAGAUUGUCACCGCUUCACAUGUGUCUACAGCACAUAAUCUAAUGAUCUUUUAUAGCCGUGAUAAACCAGUGGAUAUGACCUCUGCCUUCGAUUCGGAGGGCGUAGGUUCGAAUCCGGUACGCACUCCAACAUUUCAGUUAUGUGCAAACAUUGUAAGGAAACAUGCAUACGUGAAAUAAUUCUCAAUUCUCUUCGCAUGUGAAGUAUACCACGCAUUGAGCCAGCAUGGUGGACUAUUACCCUAACUCCUCUCAUCACGAGAGGAGAAUGGUGCUCAUCAGUGAACCAUAUAUGUUUGUUAUUGAUAAUGAUAUCACGAUCUUUUGUGUGUCCAAGUGGACUAAUAUUUUAAACAGUGAAGGACGCAGUGGGUUGGUACAUACAGUUACUUUUCGAACGUCUGAAAAAUUGUACGACUUUUAUAUACACUUGCAACGGAAGAAUAUCGCCAGAGCGUCGGAUGAAUGACGAUAAAAAACAUCGGAAAUUGAUGCCGGUGUAUAACAAGAUGACGUGCGUCGAGUUUACAGUGAAUGGGACAAAAUGUAAAGUGGACAGUUCCCUCCACCGCAACACAACCCUGAACGCUUACCUCAGGUACCACUUGGGGCUGCCCGGGACCAAGUCCAUGUGUAGGAUUGGCAUAUGCGGAGCGUGCAUCGUCAACGUGACUGCGCAGAGGGAGACCAGCGGCGCUGUGGAGACUUUCUCUGUUAAUUCGUGUCUGGUGCUUGUGUUCUCCUGUCACGGAUGGGAGAUCACCACCAUAGAAGGAACAGGGAACCGACUCAAGGGUUAUAGUGAGAUCCAGAAACGGAUAGCCGCGUUUAACGCUACUCAGUGCGGGUACUGUACGCCGGGAUGGGCGAUGCACUUGAAUAGUCUCAUCAACAAAGGCCUCAAUAUGGUCGAAUUAGAGAACUCAUUUGGCUGCUCGACGUGUCGAUGUACCGGCUACAGACCCAUCGCAGACACGAUCAAAUCAUUUGCAGUGGAUGCCAGUCCUGCACUGUGCAAAAAAGUCGCAGAAAUAGAAGAACUGUCCACUAACUUCAACGAUAAAGCCAAGAUAUGCAACCGUACGUGCUCUUCGUGCAGCGACGAUGAUUGGAGUCUAGUAAAUGAUAGCAAUAAACAUGAUCCAAUCAUAAUAAAUAAUGGAGAUGCUACUUUCAUUAAAGUUUUUGACAAGGAGCAGAUUUUUGACAUGAUUAAAAGUUAUGGCAUAGAACCAUACAUGAUUAUUCAUGGAAAUACUGGAAAAGGACUAAUCAAGGAUUUUGAGUAUCCGACAGUAUUGAUAGAUAUAAGCGCUGUGCCGACCUUGCAGCACUAUCACUACGAUCAGAACCUAGUCCUUGGUGGUAACGUUUCGUUGGAAGACUGCUUGACCAUAUUCAAGCAGGCCGCAUCGCAGAUGAACGAAUUUGCAUAUUUGGAAGAAUUCGUCAAGCAUUUCGAUUUGGUUGCACAAAUUCCAGUGAGAAAGCUGGGAACAUUAGCGGGCAAUGUGAUGCUGAAACACAAGAACAAUUCUUAUCCUUCUGAUAUAUUUUUACUAUUUGAGGCGAUUGGAGCUACUAUUACUAUAUGUGAUAUUAAUGGUAUGGAGACAUCGUAUUCUAUGGCAUAUUUUCUCGAAAUCGACAUGCAAGAUAAAUUGAUCGUCAGCUUCCAUUUGCCACCAGAGAGUCCGUCUCAUAUAUUUAGGAGUUACAAGAUAAUGCCAAGAAGUCAAAACGCUUUAGCCAUCAUCAACGCUGCGUUUAGUGUUAAACUUGACAGCAAGAGUUGUAUAGACUCAAUAAAUAUUAUUUACGGCAACAUCUCUUCGAGUUUUAUCCACGCGUCCCAAACAGAAGGAUAUUUGAGAGGAAAGAACUUGUUCGAAAACAACCAGGUGUUGCAAGGAGCGAUUAAUGUAUUGAAUAAGGAGAUUGUUCCAGAAGACAACCCUCCUGAAGCAUCUCCGUGGGCAAGAAAGAAGCUGGCAAUUGGACUAUUUUACAAGUUUGUUCUUAGUUUAACUUCGAGUGGUACAGUUUGUUCACGAUAUCAGUCUGGCGGGGAAUUGAUCCAACGUCCUCUAUCAAGCGGCACACAGACGUUCCAAACGGAUCCUUCGCUGUAUCCUCUCAAUCAGCCCGUACCGAAACUUGAAGCUUUGAUACAAAGCUCCGGAGAAGCCCAAUAUGUUAAUGACAUACCGCCGAUGAUGAAUGAAGUGUUUGCUGCAUUUGUACUAUCUACAGUUUAUAAUGGUGAAGUAGAUGAAAUUGACAUUGAACAUGCUUUGUCAUUAGAUGGUGUUAUAGCUUUGUAUUCAGCCAAAGAUAUACCAGGGAAAAACUCCUUCACCGUUCCUGGCAUACAACUCGAAACCGAAGAUGAGGAGAUAUUGGCUAAAGAAAUAAAAUUCUACGGACAAACCAUAGCAAUAGUAGUUGCUAUUAGCCAGGACCUAGCUAUUGAAGCGGCUAAAAAGGUCAGAGUGACUUAUAAGAAUGUCCGAAAUACACCACCAAUUUUGACUCUGAAACAAGCUAAAAAAUUCAGUGAUAGAAUUAUAUCUGGUCCAACGAUCGAAGCAAAAGGCAGAGGAGAUAAAACUAAGAAAGUAAUAAAAGGCGUAUUUGAUGUGAAAUCCCAGUAUGCUUACUAUAUAGAACCUCUGACAUGUGUAGCGAUCCCUGUAGACACUGGUAUGGAAAUUCAUGGUUCAACCCAAUGGAUGGAUAUGAUUCAAAUAGCAGUAUCUAAAUGCUUGGAAAUGCCGGAAAGCGAUGUACAUUUGAAAGUUCGUCGUAUUGGCGGCGGUUUCGGUGGAAAAAUUAGUCGUAACGCACAUGUAGCGUGUGGUGCAGCGAUUGUUGCGAAAGCGUUGAACCGACCUUGUAGGUUCAUAUUGCCAUUGGAGACCAACCUCGCCAUUGCCGGUGGAAGAUUGCCUAUGGAGUGCGAAUAUGAGGUCGGUGUCGACGAUGACGGAGUGAUACAAUAUUUACACGCUUCAAUCACAGAGGAUGCCGGGUAUUCGCACAACGAGAACAUUUUGGCAUUUGUUGCAGGCGCUUUCAAAGGCUGUUAUAACACAGAGUACUUUAAUUUGAAAACGUAUGCUGUAAGAACCGAUUUGAACUCUAACUCUUUUGUUAGAGCACCUGGUACCCUAGAAGGUGUUAUGAGUAUUGAAAACAUAAUGGAACAUAUAGGCUUUGCCUUAAAGAAAGAUCCCAUUGAUAUACGUAAACUCAACAUGAGGAAAGAAGACAACGAUUUACCAGAACUCAUCGAAACUCUAAAACUGAAGGCAGAUUACGAGAAAAGAUUGAAGGAAAUUGAAAUAUUCAACAAAAACAAUAGAUGGAUGAAAAAAACGCUAAAAGUUAACACCAUGUUCUAUGCAGUACAAUAUUAUGGAAACUAUACUGCGAUGGUGUCCGUUUACCGUGGCGACGGUACCGUGACUAUAUCGACAGGUGGAAUCGAAAUGGGUCAAGGCGUCAAUACUAAAGCGGCUCAAGUGUGCGCUUAUGAACUGGGAAUACCAUUGGAAUACAUAAAAAUUGUUCCCAACUACUCGUUUGUAGCAUCAAAUAACGUUUUCUCUGGCUCCAGUAUUGUGAGUGAAUGCAUUUGCUACUCAGUAAUCAAAGCUUGUGAAAUGAUUAAGAAACGUUUGGAGCCGUUGAAACAGGAGCUAGGGAAUCCAACAUGGAAGGAGUUGAUACACAAAGCUGGGGAGAAUGAAAUGGAUUUGACGGCUUGCUAUAUGAUGGGUGAUACGGAGCUGAAGAAUUACAGUGCGUUCGCUGUCUGCAUUUUGGAGAUCCUGUUGGAUGCGUUAACUGGAAAGUUUAUGAUUGUGAGGUGUGACAUAUUGGAAGAUGUUGGACAGAGUGCAAAUCAGAAUAUUGACAUUGGUCAGGUUGAAGGUGCUUACGUGCAAGGUUUAAGUUAUCUGACAUGUGAACACUUUGUCUACGACAAACACACAGGCAAGAUGUUGACCAACGACGCACUUACCUACAAAGUGUUUUUGCUUAAGGACAUUCCAGCUGACUUUAGAGUUCACUUGAGAUGCAAUAGUAAAAAUCCAAAAGGCGUGUUGGGAGCUAAAGCCGUGGGAGAAAUGGGAAUUUGUUCGGCGCCUGGGAUAAUGUACGCGUUGAGAGAGUGCAUAUUGGAGUCACGGAAGGACUCUGGCUGUGAUCCUAACGAAUGGUUUGAUCUUGAUAUCCCUCUAACGACCGAGUCGAUAUUAAAAGCAUUAGACGUUAAGUUGGAAGAAUUUCAGCUAAUGUAACUUGGGAAGAUAAUUAUUAUCAAGUUGAGAAUGACUUAUGAAUUAUGAUACAAAGGAAAAUAUUUUAUUUAUUCUAUUACCUAUUAUCUGUAGCAUUUGUCUAGAUGUUAGUUUGUGCUUUUGUUUACAUCUUUCUGCAAAAUAUUUUUAUGAUGUUAUUUGUUCAUUAAAGAUAUUGACAACAUUUCAAAUUGUUAAUACUAUUAUAUUAUAUAUAAUCGUAUUAACAAUUUGAAAUACGAUUGUAAUAAAGUGAUUGUCAUUGUUAAUUGUUUUUUCCUAUAGACAAUUUGUUUUUAAUUAUAUUUAAAUAUAUUUGAAACAUCUGUCCUGCGACUAGUUUAUAGCGGCUCCAUGCGUCAUCAAUGUCGUCAUCUAGUGAUGUACCGACAAACAUUUCGCAUUCCUUUUUUUGUUACUUAAUUAAUAAUAUAAUUUACCAAUGUUAUAUCUGGACUAUCUAGAUACUUUUUCACGUCCAGAUAACUAGUAUAUAGUAAUAACUAAUGAGCACUAUUUUGUUACCCACGUUUAAAACAAAUAAAUUAUUAUACCGCU